AUGGCUUCCUCAGGUGUCGGAAUGGACGUUGAUGUCGAAGAUGUAUGGGCACCACUCGUAGACGCACGGUUCAAUGUCGACAGCAUUCGCGCGACUGACUCGAAUGUGGCCCUGAAGUCGAGUCUGCAGUCUCUCGAUACGGAGUUGGCCACAAUGCAAAGGGCCUUAUCAACAGCAAACCAGCGCAGGAAUAAGCUAACUGGCGCAUGCAAGAUCCCGGCAGAGAUACUGUCAGAGAUAUUCUCUCUCAGUCAGGUCGGCUGGGCACCGUUCGUCCGGACUAAGGGUCAAAACUCGGCUAUCUUCAACUAUGGGUGGAUCCGCAUAACUCAUGUGUGCAGUUACUGGCGCGAGGUUGCCAUCCAGACGCCCUCCCUCUGGACGGCCAAUAUCGACGUCUAUGGAGUCCCUAUAGAUUUCAUCCCCCUCGUCAUACAACGCUCCAGAGAUCUACCUCUCGAAGUGACCUUGGGUCACAAUCGGGAGGAUUACGAGCCCGCCGAGUUGGAGAGAGUGGUGACAACUUGGUUCACCGCCGACACUGCAGCUGUGAACGGGCGCAUUCGCACACUGUCCAUCCAGUGUCUGGAGGAAGACCUUGGGACCAUUGCAACCUACCUGCAGGCGCCUAUGCCCAAGCUUGUCGAAUUGGUCGUUGACAUAGAGAACCCCGACGAACCUAUCGUUCACCGUCUGCCCCGUACGUUCUGCCCUGAAGCCCAACUCAUCAAGCUGCGCCUAGUGGACUGUCUCCCUCACUGGGACUCGCCGCUGUUCAGUGCAACGCUCACCCAUCUUACACUGACGUGCUUCGGUCACCCCGAUACGACGUUCUUUCCAACGCACGAACGACUGGUUGGCCUCCUGUCGUCAUUGGGCAACCUUGAAUAUCUCGACCUUUACGACGUCUUCCCGCCACCAAGCUCUACGAAUACCACCAUCCGACUUCCCGCAAGCGUGAAGCAUGUGUACCUGGAGGCAAGAAGGGCUUUCGCGAACUGUCUUUCCUUCGUAUCGACAUUAUCCCUUCCACCUUCUACGUGCGUCGAAGCCAAGGUGCUGGAGAUCGGGUCGGCCAUAGAGCAUCAGGAAGACCCGUUUGCGCUGGUAGAAACCCUGACUCCCAUGCUGAACCCCACCAUAUUGGCCCUCCAGAAUGCAAGGGCAGACCAGGCGAAGCCAGUCGAACUCGUCGUCGAGCUGUAUGGCAUAGGGUUUCAUGCAGUUCAGCAAACACGAGCGGGCUGGACAACAGCUAUUCCAGCCCACGCAAAUACACUCCCGCGCGAACGUGCGGACGGCUCCGUCUUCUUUUCUGUGCUCCCGGACUCGGAAGUCGACCCCGCCGGCGAGUUCUGUCUUUGCACCCGGGUCCUGUCCCUUCCCCUUCGGGAGAUACGCGCUAUAAGCUUCGCGCGCCAUGCGAUCACCCAGAUGAAGCGUGCGAACGUCCUUCGCGAUCUAGUUCGUGCGCAAGCCGUACGCCGCCUCGGGAUCGUCUUGUCGGACAGCGCGCCACUAUUGGAUGUGCUCUCUGAGCGCCUACCGGAUGGCUCAUUCCGAGUCUUCCCUCUCCUCGAGAUACUUCAUGUCCACGUGGGCUAUCUCAGCAGCGAUGUGACAUUGCGCGAGUCGGAUUGUGUACAAGACACAUUGGCCCUCGCUGCGUUCGUUGCGGCUCGCAGAGAGUACGGGGCCCCCUUGAAGGAGAUUGUGGUGGAGAAGGCAUUGGCGGAUUGGGAUGUAUGGGAGGCAGUAAAGUACGAUGUACCUGUUACGCCGUUCGACUUUCCAGGCAAGUAA